AUGAGAGAGCUUUCAUUCUCUCUUCGCGGGCUGGACGAUAUUUCUAACCUCUUUCUUCUCCACAUCGUCCACUUUCAGUUUGUUGCCUUCUUCGCCGUGCUGGCCGCUGCCAGCGCCGGAGUCAUUCCGAUCGAGGAAGUCCACCAGCAGUACCAACCAGCCGCGUACUCGGCACACUUGGCCCAGCCGACGCUGAUCAAGACCGUGGCGCAACCAACGAUCGUGAAGACCGUUGCCCAGCCGACCUACAUCAAAACGAUCGCUCAGCCCACUCUGGUCAAGCACAUCGAUGAGGAUCACGAUGCUCAGUAUGAUUUCUCCUACGGCGUGCACGACGAUCACACCGGUGACAUCAAGAGCCAGCACGAGUCCCGCCACGGCGAUCAGGUCCACGGACAGUACAGCCUGAUCGACGCCGAUGGCCACAAGCGCACGGUUGAGUACACUGCCGACGAUCACAACGGGUUCAACGCCGUCGUUCACCGCGAACCGACCGACAUCAAGAUCCCGCAGCCGGCCGUCCACAAGAUCAUCGCACAGCCCGCCCUCACGAAGGUUAUUGCUCAACCUGCCAAAAUUAUUGCCGCCCAGCCGGCGUACGUUGCCGACUAUCAUCACUCUGCCCCGGCUGUGAUCAAGACCCCACAACUGUACGCACAGCCUAGCUUGGUGGCACCGCAGCCGACCAUCGUCAAAUCAUACGCCCAGCCUGCGAUCGUGAAGAGCUACGUCCAGCCGACGACGGUAGUGAAAAGUUAUCUACAGCCCUCCAUCGUGAAGAGCUACGCACAGCCGGCGGCCUAUGUGAAACAGAUUGAGGAGUACGCCCCGGCCAACUACGAGUUCUCCUACUCCGUCCAUGAUGAGCACACCGGAGACAUCAAGAGCCAGCACGAGACGCGCCACGGAGACCAAGUGCACGGUCAGUACUCGCUGCUGGACUCCGAUGGCCACCAACGCAUCGUCGACUAUACCGCCGACGAUCACAACGGAUUCAACGCGGUUGUCCGUCGCGAACCCGCCAACGUGAAAGUGCUUCAGCCUGUCCAAAAGGUUAUUACACAGCCGGCGUACGCGGGACACUACUGA